GCCGCGGCCCACAAUCCAGUGCGCGAGCUGAGUUAACAUGGCGCGUGCGCUCGGCGUUUUGAGCAGGGCCGAAGAAAACAACAACAACAAGAUCAGCGUCGGGAUACAUGGCGUUUAGCGCGACGCCGAUCCGUCACUGCUCCGUAUGAUCGUUCUGAUCUUCCACACGUUAGUGAAUCCAGAAACCUUCAACCAAGAGCCCUUUGGGCUUUUCUUUAGUCUCGUCCGGAGAGAAGUGGAGUGGCAUGGAGGACCCCAAAAGCCCCGUGAAGGUGGUCAAACCUUCCCGCUCGAGCGGGGGCAAGGCGUCAUCCUCCAAACCCCAGCGGGAGAGCGCCAAAGUCCCGAGCCGAAGCAAGGAUGCAGUCCCAAGGGUGAAAGAGGAGAUCCAGGGCAGCAGCCCCCAGGAGCUGGGCAAGGGCAAACCCCGCCGGCUGACGGGCAGAACUAACUCUGGCGAGAGGGGGAAAGGGAAACCCCAGCCCAGUGAGGGCCGUCAGCAAAGCCAGGAGAACAAAACUCCUGUCCGAAACAGUGGACCGGUCAAGGAUGGAGGAGCAGCACCGCUGGAGAUCUCAACACAUGACAACACCAUCACCACCGCUAAAGACAGCAUAACAGGUGUGGAGGCGGGCAGACAGAGAGGCGAGGUCACAGCCGAGGUCGUGGAGGGUGGAAACCUGACCUCUGACCAGCAGCUGGGACUCAAACAGGCGGAGGAGAGACUGCAGAGGGACUACAUCCACCGGCUGCUCAAGCCGUCGCCCGAGUACCCCAAUUUCCAGUAUCUAUGCAAACUGUGUUCAGUCCACGUGGAGAACAUCCAGGGUGCUCACAAGCACAUUAAAGAGAAACGUCACAAGAAGAACAUCAUGGAGAAGCAGGAGGAGAAUGAGCUGCGAUCGCUGCCGGCUCCCUCUCCGGCCCAGUUGAGGGCGCUAGACUCGGUCGUGCUGGAGGUGGCAGAGACACACGGCAUCUCGGAUGAAGACUUCGCGUUUAGGCAAGCCGUGGUGCUCCGGAUGGAGGGGAAUAUACGCAAGCAACUCACAGCGUGUUCUCUCCAUCUGUAUGGCUCAUGUCUCACCCGCUUCGCCUUCAAAACGAGUGACGUCAACAUCGACGUCUCUUAUCCCUCCACUAUGACUCAGCCUGAUGUGCUGAUCAAGGUGCUGGAGAUCCUCAAGAACAGCGUUGAGUUUGCUGAGGUGGAGUCAGAUUUUCACGCCAAAGUCCCUGUUGUUUUCUGCAGAGAUGUGGCCAGUGGGUUGAUGUGCAAAGUGAGCGCAGGAAAUGAUGUCGCGUGCCUCACCACCAAUCACCUUGCAGCUCUGGCCAGACUGGAGCCGAGGCUCGUUCCUCUGGUUCUGGCCUUCCGUCAUUGGGCCAACCUGUGCCACAUCGACUGUCAGGCGGAAGGAGGAAUCCCGUCCUACUCGCUGUCUCUGAUGGUUAUAUUCUUCCUGCAGCAGAGAGCCAAGCCAAUCCUGCCCGUUUAUCUAGGACACUGGAUCAAGGGCUUCGAUGUGAAGCGUGUGGAUGAGUUUCACCUGACGGGGAUGGAGUCGGACUUAUUCGUGGGAUGGGAGCACAGACCCGCCCCUGCAGGCGAGGGCCGCGGGGACGGCAGAGCCAGACCUGAACCCAAAACCCAGACUGAGAAGAAAGAGAAGAAGGGUGAAUAUGUGAAGGGCAAGGCUCGUCUGACGCUGAAGCAGCCAGUGAGCGUGUCUCUGGGUCAGCUGUGGCUGGAGCUCCUGCGCUUCUACACGCUGGAGUUUGCUCUGGAGGAGCACAUCAUCAGCAUCCGUCUGAAAGAGCUGCUGCCGCGGGAGCUGAAGAACUGGCCUCGCCGCAGACUCGCCAUCGAGGAUCCGUUUGCAUUGAAGAGGAACGUGGCUCGCAGUCUGAACAGUCAGAUGGUGUUCGAGUACAUCCAGGAGCGUUUCCGCACGGCCUACAAGUAUUUCGCCUGUCCUCAGAGCAGGAACGGAGCGAACGCCAGGCACAGCUUACUGAGGAAGAAACCCAGACGCUCUCGCACGGCCCAAUCCAGCAGCCUGGACCGAAAGAAGAGCGGCGAGGAGGACACAGACAGCAGUGAAGAUGAGGACGAGAGGGAUAUGGAGGAAGAGGAGAGCCUCAGAGCAAGGUUCAAUGAGCUCCUAGCGAGCGAUGCUGGGACGGACACCAGAUCUGAGUCUGUUUCCCAGGAACCGUCCGCAGCGGAGUCUCCUUCUGCCCUGAACGGCCUGCUGAUGGACAGCGAGGAGGAGAAAGAUCAAGAGAUGGAGAAACAGGACAGUAUUGCUCCAGAAGACAUGCACUACAUCUUUGACAGGAUGAUCUUCACCGGAGGAAAGCCGCCAACAGUCGUUUGCAGCAUCUGUAAGAGAGACGGCCACCUUAAAGACGAUUGUCCUGAAGACUUCAAGAAGGUCGAGCUGAAACCCCUGCCGCCCAUGAGCGAGCACUUCAGAGAAAUCCUGGACGGACUCUGCCUGCUGUGCUACCGUGAGCUGGCGCCGUCUCUUAUCGAGCAGCAGAAGAGGGAGCAGAUUCUUGGCAGUCUGGAGCGCUUCAUCAGAAAAGAGUACAACGAUAAGGCCCAGCUCUGUCUGUUUGGCUCUUCUAAGAACGGCUUUGGCUUUCGUGACAGUGACCUGGACAUCUGUAUGACACUGGAGGGCCACGACACCGCUGAGAAGCUGAACUGUAAGGAGAUCAUCGAGGGUUUAGCCAAGGUGCUGAAGAAACACACAGGUUUAAGGAAUAUUUUGCCUAUCACAACUGCUAAAGUGCCUAUAGUGAAGUUUGAACACAGGCAGAGCGGACUGGAGGGAGACAUCAGCCUCUACAACACACUGGCCCAACACAACACCCGGAUGCUGGCCACAUAUGCUGCUAUAGACCCUCGUGUGCAGUAUCUGGGCUACACUAUGAAAGUAUUUGCCAAGCGCUGUGACAUUGGCGACGCCUCCAGAGGAAGUCUCUCCUCUUAUGCUUACAUCCUCAUGGUGCUGUAUUUCCUACAACAGAGACAACCACCAGUCAUCCCUGUGUUACAAGAGAUAUUCGAUGGGAACACUGCUCCUCAGAGGAUGGUGGAUGGCUGGAACGCUUUCUUCUUCAAUGAUCUUAAUGAGCUGGUAAGCAGGCAGUGAUUUGUCACUGUUCGUUGAAGAGGUUUCAUUCUACUUACAUUGUACCAUUUUCAUUCAUUUAAUGGUUUAUUAGAUUUCAUAUUUACUUUUCAUUAGAAAGUCCACAAAAAUAAUAAUUGAUGGUAUAUAUUUGGGAUUAUGACUAAUUCUAAAAGUAAUUGUCACAAUGCACAUAUAAAAAUAAAUUAUACAUACAAUUUUGUUUUAAUUAUCACAAGAAAAUGUUAUUUAGAGACAAGUAAUUACAAAA